GGAUACCAGCACUCAAAAUCAGGCUUGUGCGAAGCAGGCAAUGCUGGAUGAUCAUACUGCCCAAAAAAUGGAGGAAAACCAAAAUGAGCAGAAAGAUGGCAACGGUUGUGCAAUUCAAACACAGUUGAUUAACAAGUUACCACCUGUAUUGAUUAUUCCAUUUAAGAGAUACAGAAAUGAUCUGUCUAAACUGAGAGGACAUGUGAGCUUUAAGGAGAUUCUUCAUCUUGGACCAUUCAUGGACCCCAGUUCCGAGGAGAAAGACAAUUCCAGGUACCGUCUAGUUGGUGUCAUUGAGCACCGUGGUGACAACUUGCAUACAGGGCAUUAUGUUGCUUAUGUGCGGGGGGCAGGUCUCAAGCAUCGGAGCAGUGGUUCUUCCUCAUGGAUUUGCGCAGAUGACCGCAACAUCAAGGAAAUCUCCAUAGAACAAGUUGUCAGGUGUGAGGCGUACAUUCUUUUCUACGAGAGGAUAGAGGAGGGUGAGACAAGAGACAAGGAGGUGGAUGACAUGGUGGAAGACAAGGACGAAGGUGACAGACCCUUCCUCACCGAGGGACCCAGCGAGCUCUGUGAUGAUUUGCUUCUCAAUAUAUUCUCCCGACUUGAACACCGAACAGCCAUCCGUGUGUCGUCAUUGAGCCGUCACUGGAACAGAGAGUGGGACAUUCAUUUGCAGUCAAAUAGUUACUAUGUUGGUGAGAAUUCCUUUCUUCCAUGUGAGAUGCUACAAAUGCUGGAAAGCCAAGAAGCCAAUGGGAAUCGGUUAGACAUUCUAUGUCUUGUGAUUGAAUCAAAGGAUAUGUCUGAGAAGCUGUUCAGGCGAUGCCUCGAAUGCAUUGCUCGUUCUGGAAUCAAGGAUCUAUAUCUUGAGCGUCGGCCACCAUGCUUGGCUUUACGGUUCAGUUUCCCAAGAGCAAGCAAGCAGCUUGUGCGCCUGUCUCUUCGAGGAUUAACCCUGGCAAACUCUUCAAGAUAUUUCAAGAGAUGCAAGGACUUCUGUGAAUUGGUUGCUAUCAAACUGUGGGGCGUUACAGUAAGUGACUGGACAUUGAGAAAAAUUUUAGCCAAGUGUCCGGCUCUGCGAGUGCUAGAGCUGGGUUAUUGCCAUCACCUUGAGCGCAUAAGUGAUUCUGUUUCUGGACUCAAACUCCUUAACAUAACUGUGGUGGAGUGUAGUGGUGUCGAUUCGAUUGACCUGCGAUUGGUUCCAGAUCUUCUGUCGGUUUCUUUCAGUGGAUGUUACCUCACCAGUUUGUACUUUCCGCCAGAUGCAGAAAUCAGCAAGCUCUACUUCUGCUAUACAAGGACCGGAGACCAAUUAUGCUCCCAAGGAUUGUUAUCAAACAUGUUCAGCAAGUGCACCCUGAACUCCACUGCCUUGAGUACUCUAACCAUCUGCAGCAAUAGUCUGAAGGUGGUGACUUGCUUGAGCGAACCGCACAAAAUGGCUAUAGACUGGUCUUUCCAGAAUGUCCGAGAACUUCAAAUCGUGAUGUUUGAACAGAGUCGGGACAAUCUUGCGUCCUUUACUUACCUCAUGCAAAAUGGGCAAUUCGAUAUGCUUCAGAGACUUUUUGUGGAGCUCCCAGCAAAGAGAGGUGUAACUCCAUCGCAGCUUGGCAGUCAUGUGGUAGUGUCAGAGCGUGUCCUACAUAAACUCAAACUGAUCAAACUGACCAAUUUCUCCUGGAAUGAAGCCGAGAUAUAUUUGCUGCUUCUGCUUUUAAAGAUAUCUUCUUCACUGGACAAGAUAGUCGUAGUGUUUUCUGCUGGAAGCACAGAGGAGCAAGACCAGCACAGCCUGCCCUGGUUGCAUGACUCUGACAUUGAGCUAAUCAUAAGCCUUUUGGAUAGUGGGAAGUUAAUCCUGAAAAAUCACCUUGAUUAUGAUUAUAUAAAGCAUGGAGGAUCAGGACUUAUCUUUCCCGUGGCAGCCCAUGGGGAGAUCUACCGGCAGCCCUGAUGCAUGCAUGCCUGGUAUUCUACCCACCAAUCAAUCAGAAGGGUCCUGACAAAAGAAGCAGAAGGGUGAGAUUAGAAAGCAUUGUUUUGAUGCCAAGUGUACCAUUGCGCUUGCAGUAGGCAGUAGUUUGUUGCGUAGUCAGCUGGAGAGAACCAUUUUUUCUGUUCAUUGAACAGAGUAAUUUUUGUCAGAACGACAUUGGAUAGGUUGGACACUGAAUACCCUACCUUUUUGUUAGAACAACAUUGUAUAGGUAGGAGAACAGUGAAUACUUUUUGUGAUGGGCAGCAUUCUGCGAUUAGAUAUACCCCUGAAAAUAAUAAGCAUGUAGAGUUCUGAACUUU